AUGAAGUUUGGCACAAAGAUCAGUACCGACCUCUACAACGAAUGGCGCCCCUUUUAUCUAGACUACAACGGUCUCAAGCGCGAGCUCAAAACACGCACAACCUCCCAGACGGGCUGGUCCGAGAAGGAUGAACACGAGUUCACCCUCAUGCUCACCAAAGAGCUUGACAAGAUCCACGACUUUCAAAAAGCCAAAACCUCCGAGCUCUCCCGCCGAAUACACGAGGCCGAAAAAGACGUACAAGCUCUCGUCGUAGAGGACACCGAAGCACACCGCUCCUCCGCGUCCACACCCUCCAAGCAGCCGCGCGCUGCCCGCUCUUCCGAACAGCUGCUCGACGCCGAGAGUCAGACGCAGCGCCGCGACCCGUACGCGCACGACGCUGGCUCCGACGACGACCUCUCUGACGAGGAGGAGGAGGAAGAAUCGGACGAGAGCUUCGAUGCGCUUGAAGAGCGCUUCCAUGGGCUCGAAGAGGAAGUUGCCAUCCUCGUUGCGGAUGUACAUGACCUUGCGCUGUAUACGAAGCUUAAUAUCACUGGGUUCAUGAAAAUUCUCAAGAAACAAACCCACCUCGCACUCAAAACCUCCUUCAUCCAAGACUACCUCGAAAAGCGGCCCUUUUACAAAUAUAACUGGGACGCACUCAUCGUCAAACUCUCCAAGCUCUAUGACCUCGUCCGCACGCGCGGCCACCCCGUCCAGGGCGACUCCGCCGCGGGCGGCAGCCAGAGUGCGUUCGUAAGGCAGACGACAAAGUAUUGGGUCCAUCAGGAUAACCUUGUCCCGUUGAAGUUGGCGAUCUUGAGGCAUUUGCCUGUGUUGGUGUUUAACCCCGAUAAAGAGUUUGAGCCUAAAGACGCUGCUAUCACGUCGAUUUAUUUUGAUAAUGAGGAUUUGGAGUUGUACCUUGGGAGGUUGGAGAAGACGGAGGGUGCAGAAGCGAUUCGGCUGAGGUGGUAUGGUGAUGUCGAUACUAAAACUAUAUUCGUCGAGCGCAAAACGCACAGAGAAGAUUGGACGGGCGAAAAAUCCGUCAAAGCGCGCUUCCCACUGAAAGAACACCUCGUCGUGCCCUUCCUGCGCGGGGAGUACACGGUCGAUGAGGAUUUUCAGCAGUUGGUAAAGAGGGGAAAGAAGACGCAGGCGGAGGUGGAUGCGAUGUGUCAGUUGGCGAAUGAGGUGCAGUAUAGGAUUUUGACGAAGGGGUUGGUGCCUGUCAUGCGUUCAUUCUACAACCGCACGGCCUUCCAACUCCCAGGCGACGCGCGCGUGCGGAUCUCGCUUGACACGGAGCUCACGCUCAUUCGUGAGGAUAACUGGGACGGCCGGACGCGCUCGGGCGAUAAUUGGCGCCGCACGGAUGUGGGGAUUGAUUUUCCGUUUGAAGGGGUGCCGGAGGAGGAUAAAGAGAUUUUCAAGUAUGGAGUCUUGGAAGUGAAGCUUCAGACGCAGUUUGGGCAGCAGCCACCCAAGUGGGUUACGGACCUUGUGCAGUCGCAUUUGGUGGAAGCUGUGCCGAAGUUCAGUAAAUUUAUCCAUGGAUGUGCGACGCUCCUCCCGACGCGCGUCGAUCUCGUGCCGUUCUGGUUACCCCAAAUGGACGUGGACAUUCUCAAACCCGACACCGGAUACCUGAGCGUCAUCGAGCGGCCCUCCGGGUCAGGAGCGAACAGCCAGCCGUCGUCGGGGCGCGGUGGGGCGGGCACACCGGCGUCUUCGUCUCGCCAUACGAUUGCGUCUGGUACCGCGUCGGCGGGGACGAGCUCGCCGGAGCUUGGGCCGAGUGCGGGUGUGGGCAUGGGGAUUUAUACGGAGCCUUUGUCGGAGGGGGAGGAGGAGGAUGGAUAUCAGUUUGCUGAGGAUGAAGAGGAGGAGGAGGCUGAUGAGGAGAACACCAAGGGUGAAAAUACCGAGGGCAAGAAGAAGCAGAAGAAGAAGAAGAAGCUCGAGCCUGCGCGGAAUGAGGAUCUGGGCAAGCGCACAGGGUUGAGUGGGGACGAUGUGAAAGCUGCUGUUGCGUACCGCGAGCGGAUGCUCAAUGCGCACAAGCAGGAGGAAGAAAUCGAGGAGAAUCGCAAGCGCGCGAAGAAGGCUGGGAAGGAGAAGGAGGCUAUUCGCGCUGUGGAUGCGGAUGAAGGUGAGGGUGAGGAAAGCCAUGUGAAGAUUGCAGAGGUGAAUGGGCAGGUGAAUGGGAAAUCAUAUAAACACCAGCGCCCGGAGAUGGGCAGGCAUCUAUCGACCGGUAUUGGGAAGGCGGCGCUUUCGAUUGACCCGCUCGCGCCGUCGUUGGCGUUUGAUGAGCGGUUGAAGGAUAGGCUUGAGGGUGAGGAGGCGAAGCGCCGUCGGCGCGCCGCUGCCAAUGGGAAUGGCGAUGGCGAUGGUGGUGAUGACCAGUCAGGUGUGAGACCCAAGGCGCGCAGGUCGACGUCGUCGUUGGGCAGCGCGCGUAGACGCCCGCGCGGUUCGCGCUCGGGGUCACGCUCUUCACGGCAUGCUGCUCAGCAAUAUGGGCUGAGGAACGACGAAGAGGCUGCUGAUGAUGAUGACGAGGACAAUGACGAGAGGCCGCGGGGUGAUGAGGCAGAGGAGGCUGCUGCGCUUGGGAGGAAGAACGGGGAUGAUAGGAUUUUGGAGCGGAAUUGGCGCGCACCGGAGGGUAAGCUUAUUGCUAUACCUGUGAGGAUUGAGCCGAAGGUGUAUUUUGCUGCUGAGCGGACGUUCUUGAAAUGGCUAAACAACGCAGUCUUCAUCGGCACAAUCGCCACCACACUCCUCAACUUCACCCCAGCAGACGAUACACGCGGUUUAAUCAGCGCAGCGCUCUUCACGCUCGCCGCGCUGAUGGCUAUUGCAUAUUCUGCGGGAAUAUUUGUGUAUCGAUCGUGGAAGUUGAGGGAGAGGCAGGCGUCGGGGUUGUAUUAUGAUCGGUAUGGGCCUACGGCGCUUUGUGCGGUGUUGUUUGUGGCGCUGGCGACGAAUGUGGGGUUGAGGUGGAGUCAGAUGUAG